AUGGUGCGCACCUUGCCGAGAAAGAACAACCCGCUCAUCCUCAGCGAUGAAGCGCCUGCUUAUGAAGAACUUCUUGCGCGCCGUCGCUUGGGAAAGACCAAUCUUGCCGUGAAGCCCACCCAGAUCGGCACCUCCAAUGCGACCAAACCAGAGAACCUCGGCCCUUUUGAAUAUGCCCACUUGCGCGCUCCCCUGCCCAGUGAUCUCAAAGGAUCUGAAAUCUUCCCCUCACAUGCUCCUCAACAACACCCGGAGACGUACUUCUUGAUGCGUCGUAGCAGAGAUGGAUACGUUAGCGCCACUGGCAUGUUCAAGAUCGCUUUCCCUUGGGCUAAGCUUGACGAAGAACGAUCCGAGCGGGAGUACUUGAAAGCACGGUCUGAAACGAGUGAAGACGAGAUUGCCGGCAACGUCUGGAUCUCUCCUGUACUUGCCCUUGAGCUCGCCAAGGAGUAUCAGAUGUACGAUUGGGUCCGAGCCUUGCUUGACCCCACCGAGAUUAUCCAGAGCCCUUCCUCUGCAAAGAAACAAAUCACGCCCCCUCCCAGGUUCGACCUGCCUCCUAUCGAGGCCCCGACUCUCCUCACUUCCACGACCCGUCUCAGACGAGGACGCUCGGCUUCCCCCAGCAAGAGACCUAGUUCCCCCAGAAAGCCCAGACAAACUCGAGCCAUGAAGGAGGCGAAUGCUGCCGCCACCAGCGCUGCAAAUGCUACCCUACAGUCUUCUCUCGACUUGACUGCUUCGACCGUGGAAAGCGAGUCGGUGAUCAGAGCCAUCCAGCCCAGCGUGGAAGUCGAUAGCGACCAGAAGCCGGCUCCCACUCCUCGGAAGUUGAAGACGCCCAAACCGUCCAAGAUUGCACGUCGGAUCAUUCCUGAGGGCGAUAUCGAGGAAGAGCAGAAAGAGGAGCAAAAAGAGGAGCACAAAGAGGAGCACAAAGAGGAGGAGAAGGAACAGAAGGUCAAGGUUGACGUUGAGACCACCGCCAACACCGUCGAUGAUGUCAAGACUACCCAGACGACCGUCUCCGUGGAGCUGCCAGUUACUCUUCCUGAAGCACCCUCUGCAGCUGAUACCGAGCAGAUGAUCGCCAAGGCCAAGGAAAUGGUGGAAGAAGCUGUCAAGCUCCAGGCAGAGACCGCCGAGCCAUCGUCAGCUAAGGCGGCCGUGAAACGCAAGACUGACGCUCUCAGCGAGGACGAGGAUGAGGAAGAUGAGGAAGCCCGCACUCUCCGGACAAAGCGCGCCAAGGUCCUGGAAGAGAAGCUCAAGCAGGAGCGCGUCCGGAAUCGUGCUCUUGUUGGUGUUACAGCUGCCUUUGCUCUUGCCGCCUCAAUUCCUUACUUCUUCAUCUAA